UUUUUCUCUCCUUCUGCUGCAGGACAGACUCUGCAUCCCACAUGAACUACGAAAAUCCUCCACCUUACCCAGGCCCAGGCCCAACUGCUCCAUACCCGCCCUAUGCACAACAACCAGGUGGUCCUCCAGGCCCAUACCCAGGUUAUCCACCUGGGCCUACUGGACCUUAUCAGCCAGGUCAACCAGGCUAUCAAGGUUAUCCGCAGUAUGGAUGGCAAAAUGCACCUCCACCUCCAGGACCAGUCUAUGCAGAUGGGCCUAAAAACACAGUGUAUGUCGUGGAGGAGCGGCGGAGGGACAACACGGGUGAGAGUGCCUGCCUGACAGCGUGUUGGACUGCGCUGUGCUGCUGCUGCCUCUGGGACAUGCUGACUUGACUGCUGAAGCCACCUCUCAUACCUCUCAGUGCUAUGCAGUCUCCUGACUUCUAUCCUGACUUCUUUCUGUUACUGUAAUCAAUGCUCUGCUUUGCACAGCCAAGAGUUCCUGUCUGUAAGCCCUAGCACUGUGGGGUAGUGCACUCCUUUAUUUCAGUAAAGGAAAUCCCUUUUUAACAUUUCUAAGACUUUUGUUGUAACUUUGAAGAGUGUGCUAAUGGUAUAUUUUGGCCAAAGGCAUUCUGAUAAAAACAUGUAUUUAUCAGUUGAAAUUUUCCUAGUCCUAGAAAUGAAGAUAUAUAUGCAAUAAUUAAAGCCAACAGUUGAUUUUCUUUGCUAGGUCCUGAUUGUUUCAAUAAAUCUGUCCAACAGAG